AAACUAAACUUAUCGAAAUUAUACCUUUUGCUGGUGGUAAUCAAGAUCCAGUUACUUGGAUUGAGGAAUUUGAACGAAUGGCUGUAACUAACAACUUUACUGAUGCAAGAAGACUACAAAUUAUCUCUGCUUAUCUUAAAAAUGAAGCAGCAAUUUGGUAUACUAAUGCUCAUCAACAACAAGCUUUUGGAUACUGGGAUACACAAAAUCAAGUAGAUAACCAAUAUGCUAUGCGUUUAUAUGAAUUAUAUCAUCGAUUAGAAACAAAUGCCAAUGUUUACCCAGAAAUAGAAAAAGUCCGUAAAUUUACUACUGAUUUAAGAACAGAAUUACAAAUAGCAGUACGUCCAUUUGGUAAAAAUACUUGGGAUGGAGUAGUUAACAGAGCAAAAACUUGUGAACUUACUCGUUAUGGUGCUGCAAUGUAUAUUACUCCUAAUCUUAACAACAAUAUUGUUACUCCAACUCUUACAUCUACUAAUUCUGUUGAAAUUAUAAUGGAAGCUCUCAAUAAAUGUAUGGAAAACCUUGAAAAGAAAAUUGAAAAGAAAUUAGAAAACAACAACCAGAUUCAAAAUAUUGUAGUAAAUGAUCCUCAAGCAGAAAAUUCUAAAACUCCUAAAGCCAAAAAGAAAAGAAAUCCUUUACAAGGUCCAAGAUUUCAUAAACCAAUGAUUGGUAAAGAUAUAUCAAAAUAUUCAAUUGUUGAAGACUUGCAACAAAUCAAGGCAAAUAUCUCUAUUGCUCAACUUGCUACUGAAAACCCCAAAUACUUAAGAGAAUUAAGAAAAACAAAAGAAGAAAGCUCUGAUGAAAGUGAAAGUGAAUAUGAAUCCUUAAGUAAAUCUGAUGAAUCCACUGAAUAUGAAAGUGAACAACUUGAAGAAAGAAUCUAUACUCUUAAUCUUUGGCAAGAAAUGGAAAAAGAAAACUUAAAGCAAAUAUAUUCUUUUGACUCUCCUCCUAAACUUAAUGUUGGAGUAUUGGAUGAAAAACAACAAGAAGAAUUUUAUGAUCUU